AUGUGGGAAGCGCCCGCUCUGCUGCUGCUCCUGCUGCUGCUGCUCCUGCCCCUGGCCAGGCUCCCGCGGCCGGCAGCGCUGCAGCCCGCCGGCCGGGCGGUGCUCAUCACCGGCUGCGACAGCGGCUUCGGGCACCUGCUGGCGCUGCGCCUGCACCGCCUGGGCUUCACCGUCUUCGCCGGCUGCCUCUGCCCGGGCGGGGAAGGGGCGCAGCGGCUGCUGCGGGAAGCCGCCUCCGGCUCCGGCCGCCUGCGGGUGCUGCCGCUGGAUGUCACCCGGGAGCGGGACGUGGCCGCGGCCAAGGAGAUGGUGCUGAGCAACCUGCCGGAGACAGGUUUUUGGGGACUGGUGAACAAUGCUGGAAUAUCGACAUUCGGCGAGACAGGGUGGCUGCCUAUGGAGAAAUAUGAAAAAUUUGUGGAUGUGAAUCUCCUUGGGUGUAUAAGGACAACGUUGGCAUUUCUUCCCCUUCUAAGGAAAUACAAGGGACGUAUGGUCUUUAUGUCUAGUGUUACUGCAUACUUCACUUUGGGGAAUGGCAUUUACUCUAUGACCAAGGCAGCCAUAGAAAAAUUUUGUGAUGCCUUAAGACUGGAAAUGAAGAAGUUUGGAGUUCUGGUUUGUGUUAUUCAGCCAGGAAAUUACGCACGUUCAACUAAUGUUCAGCCACCAGUCAAUGCGGAGCAGAUCUGGAAUGAACUCAGUGAGGAGGAAAAGGCAGUGUACAAUAAAGAAUAUGUGCAAGAACGUUCAGACUUUUUCAACAACAUACUUAAGGAAGGGUGCACCACAGGCCAUGAAGUUGUAGAUGCCAUGGUGGAUGCGUUAAUGUCUCCUGCGCCCAAGGCACGUUAUAUGGUUGCGAAGCUAAAGGAAAAACUGUUGGUCUUUAUAUGCACAGUUUUCCCAACUGUUGUGAUGGAUUCAAUUCUGUCCUAUGCACUGAGUAAAGUAAAACUCACCUAG